GAAUAUGGAAAUCCAAUAUUUUGGCCGAGCCUUCCUUUCACAUACAACAUACAAUUAACCUUACGCCAAAAUCAUUUUUUCCCUUCUGUAUCUUCCUUUUACUCUUCCUUAGAAAUUUACUUUCGUGUGUUUAUUUAUGCCGUAACUUCCAGUAAGAGGCUCCACAUGCCUACGAGAUACAGAUACGAACGCUUCUUACGCGCGUACUUGGAUCGUCAGAGUGGCUCUGCUACGUCUCAUUUCAACUUCCAGGUAUCCGAAUGUUGAGCUCCUGUUACCUCCCACCACCAAACCACCAACGUCUACGAACACCCUUAUCCGACCUCGAUAUCGAGAAGCUCCUCUUUCUAGGAGCAUGACCCCAAUGCGGGAAUGCCGUCAUUAACCUCGUAUCGUCCGACCGAGCCUCCAGAUUCUCCCGUGAACGAUCCGGAUUCAGAUGUCGACCUAGACCUUGAAGAACUAGACCCUAGCACCUCGUCCCACGCCCAAGCAUCUCGUCUCCUAGGACAUAACCAAAGCCCCGAACAACGAGCGCCACGGAUUGCGUUACGAAAUAUUCGCAUGGGCGGUUUGAGGCGGUCGGGGAAUCGAGGUCGCGGCUAUGGCGACCUUGGCCAUGAUAGGGACGGGAUUAAUGACGCCGUAGGCUUGCUGGAGGACGAUUCACAAGGACAGCGAUAUUCGGAUGGAAGCCACCAUGCUGGCGACGAAGCGCCCCUCUUAGAUGAAUACGCCUCGCAUUCCCGGAGAUCCUUUGCCAGCGACAGGCUUCAAAACCUCGCCCAUAUUGGCUCGUCCUUAAGACUACCAAGCUUUAUGUCCAGUACUAGUGCCAAUCGACAGGACGAGGACGGGGUCUUCGACAAUAAAGAAGAUGAUACCUCGACUUCGAGAACUAUCGCCGUCGGUUCUCCUCAAUCUACUCGUUACCCACCGAAUCUCGUUUCAAAUGCGAAAUACACGGCGUUCACAUUUCUUCCUAUUACUCUAUACAAUGAAUUCUCGUUCUUCUUCAAUAUGUACUUCCUCCUAGUUGCUCUAUCGCAGGCAAUCCCAGCCUUGAGGAUAGGUUAUCUAUCUACCUACAUCGCUCCACUCGCCUUCGUUCUUUUUAUUACGAUGGGAAAGGAGGCGUACGAUGAUAUAGAGCGACGUCGGAGAGACAACGAGGCGAAUUCUGAGGAGUAUGUCGUCCUUCGCUUUGGGGAAUCAGGGCAAACAGGCACGCCAUCACACAUUCCUAAGCAUUAUAAGCCGAAGGUCUCACGAAAAGCGGAUCGACACCCGUUGACCCAGAGAGAUCGACUAUCUGAUAUCCAGGAAGAAGAGGAGCAAACUGAAGGCCAAGGUUGGGGUCAUCCGUCCUCUUCGGUCGAAGAAGUUAACAAGAAGUCCCGUGACCUUAAGGUUGGCGACGUCCUCAAGCUAAGCAAAGGCCAGCGCGUCCCUGCGGAUGUUGUCAUCUUGAAGUGUUCUACCCCUGAAGGCGCGCAAGCUCAAAUGCAGGCCCCAGAAAGCUUAGAUCCGGAGACAUUACUAGUGAGUCCCUUGGAAGGGGAUGCAAACCAAAACGAUCCUUCGUCCUCGCUUGAGACGGCCAAGAAUCCCGAGCCGGGUAAUUCGCAUACACCCGACAGUAGAUCUUCCGGAGAAACCUUCAUCAGAACCGAUCAACUUGACGGUGAGACGGAUUGGAAACUUCGACUAGCAUCCGCCCUGACCCAGGCUUUGCCUGUGGAGGAGUUCGUUCGUGUUAGAGUCACGGGUGGAAAGCCUGAUAAGAAAGUAAACGAAUUCGUCGGUCAAGUUGAGUUAAUGACAACGCGACACGACGUCCUAAACAACCAAUCUGGCGAAAGCAGGAUAAGUGACGGCGGCCACACCGCCGCCCUAUCAAUCGACAACACCGCUUGGGCAAAUACCAUCAUUGCCUCUCAAGCGACCACUAUGGCCGUCAUCGUCUAUACCGGGCCGCAAACACGAUCGGCUCUUUCCACCUCAUUAUCGCGGUCCAAGACUGGUUUAUUGGAAUAUGAGAUCAAUUCCCUAACUAAAAUACUUUGUGCACUUACCUUAGCAUUGUCGGUUGUUUUAGUGGCCCUAGAAGGGUUUAGCAAUACCGAGGGGAAUAUAUGGUACGUGAAAAUCAUGCGAUUUCUCGUGCUAUUCUCUACCAUUGUGCCGAUCAGCCUGCGAGUCAACCUUGAUCUUGGAAAGAGUGUCUAUUCGUGGUUCAUUCAGCGGGAUCCCGGUAUUCCGGGUGCGGUGGUUCGGACUAGCACAAUUCCGGAGGACCUCGGGCGCAUCGAAUAUUUACUCAGCGAUAAGACGGGCACUCUGACCCAAAAUGAGAUGGAGAUGAAGAAAAUUCACGUGGGCACCGUUUCCUAUGCCAACGAGGCAAUGGACGAGGUGGUGGGAUAUAUCAGACACGGUUUUGUCGGGACGUUGAACGACCAAGCACUCAUUACGCCUUCCUCUUCAUACAGUACGACUGCAGGUGUCACUGCAACUAGGACACGGCGGGAAAUCGGGUCUAGAGUCCGAGAUGUCGUUCUAGCCUUGGCUCUCUGUCACAACGUGACACCUACCGUGGAAGAAGAGGAUGGACAGAUGACCACUUCUUACCAAGCCUCCUCGCCAGAUGAGAUAGCCAUUGUACGGUGGACCGAGUCUGUCGGUCUUCGUCUUGCGUAUCGAGACCGGAAGAGGAUGGCCUUAGAGUCUACGGAUACAGGAAAGAUAGUCGUGCAAGUUCAAAUUCUGGACAUCUUCCCCUUUACUUCUGACGGCAAGCGCAUGGGAAUUAUCGUUCGAUUUCAAGAACAACUGAAGCCGUCUUCUCUAGGUUUAGACGGUGGAGAAGUCUGGUUCUACCAGAAAGGUGCCGACACAGUCAUGGGGUCUAUUGUGGCUGCGAAUGACUGGCUAGAUGAGGAGACCGCGAACAUGGCCCGGGAAGGUCUGAGGACCCUAGUAGUCGGACGAAAAAGGCUGUCCUCCGAACAAUACCGGGCUUUCUCAGCCAGCUACCAGGAAGCCUCAUUAGCGAUCAGCGGCCGUGACGCUGGAAUGCAACGCGUAGUCGCAGAAUUUCUUGAGCACGAUCUCGAGCUUCUUGGAGUCACUGGUGUGGAAGAUAAACUUCAGAGAGACGUAAAGCCAUCUUUAGAGCUGCUUCGCAACGCCGGUAUUAAAAUAUGGAUGCUGACAGGUGAUAAAGUCGAGACGGCUAGGUGUGUGGCUGUUAGUUCGAAACUCGUCGCACGAGGACAAUAUAUCUACACAGUUGCGAAGCUCAAGCAUAAGGACAAUGCCCAAGAUCAUCUAGACUUCCUCAGAAGCAAGACGGACUCCUGCUUACUGAUUGAUGGCGAAAGUCUAAUGCUUUAUCUGACACAUUUUAGAGUUGAUUUCAUCUCGGUUGCUGUGCGACUACCAACGGUUGUCGCCUGUAGAUGUUCACCCACACAGAAGGCGGACAUCGCAAAACUAAUCAAGGAAUUCACCAAGAAGCGAGUCUGCUGCAUCGGCGAUGGUGGGAAUGAUGUCUCGAUGAUACAAGCCGCGGACGUUGGUGUUGGCAUCGUUGGCAAGGAAGGUCGGCAGGCCAGUCUCGCCGCAGAUUUCUCCAUCGAACAAUUCUGCCACCUUACCAAACUCCUAGUGUGGCACGGCCGAAAUAGCUACAAGCGGAGUGCGAAGCUCGCCCAGUUCGUAAUUCAUCGUGGACUCAUCAUUGCCGUUUGCCAGACCAUGUAUAGCAUUGCCAUCAAAUUUGAGCCGGAAGGCCUAUACAAGGAUUGGCUCCUCGUGGGAUAUGCCACCGUAUACACAGCAGCGCCAGUACUGUCGCUCGUUCUUGACAAGGAUGUCGAUGAAAACCUUGCGAACCUCUACCCCGAGUUGUACAAGGAGUUGACAUCUGGCCGUUCCUUAUCCUAUCGUACCUUUUUCGUCUGGGUCUUCGUGUCAAUCUACCAAGGGGGUAUGAUCCAAGGCCUAUCCCAGAUCCUCACCGAAGUCGACGGGCCAAGGAUGGUGGCUGUCAGCUACACAGUUCUUGUGCUUAACGAACUGUUGAUGGUUGCCAUUGAGAUUACGACUUGGCAUCCCGUCAUGAUCAUGAGUAUUGUUGGGACCUUUCUAUUCUAUAUUGGAUCAAUGCCUUUUCUCGGCGGAUACUUCGACCUUGAUUUCCUCCUUAGCUGGGGCUUUGUCUGGCGUGUGCUCGCCAUCGGUUCCAUCUCUCUAAUACCACCGUAUGCUGGGAAGUUGAUUAGGAGAACAAUGAAACCGCCGUCAUACAGAAAGGUCCAAGGCAUAUGACUCUUGUUGGGGCAAUGCACAUCGGCUAGGCGUUCGGGGUUCAUACUGUUUAUACAUAUAUAAAUAUAUACAUGUUACUUAAAUCUUCGUUACCGGGUGGUAUCCAUGAAAACCAACUUUGCCUGCCGU